AUGCAUAUCCAAUCAAUUCCUAUGUGGACGGGGAAGGGCAACAACUAUGCCUACCUCGUGACAGAUGAAUCGACUAAGAAGUCGGUUAUUAUUGAUCCCGCCAAUCCUCCUGAGGUUGCGCCGGAGCUCAAGUCUCAGAUUGAUUCUGGCAAGAUUGACCUGACGGCCAUUGUUAACACUCACCACCACUGGGAUCAUGCCGGCGGUAAUGAUGAAAUUUUGAAACAAUUCAAGGGCCUCCAGGUCAUUGGUGGCAAGGACUGCGCGUUUGUCACCAAGACUCCCGCGCAUGGCGAAGAGUUCAAGAUUGGAGAUCGUAUCUCAGUGAAGGCAUUGCAUACCCCUUGUCAUACGCAAGACAGCAUCUGCUACUAUAUGCAAGAUGGAGACGAGCGUGUUGUUUUCACAGGCGAUACUCUCUUCAUUGGCGGAUGUGGCCGAUUCUUCGAGGGAAAUGCGAAGGAGAUGCACAAGGCCUUGAACGAGACCCUUGCAGCUCUGCCUGAUGACACCAAGGUUUAUCCCGGUCAUGAGUACACCAAGGCCAAUGUCAAGUUCUGCAUUGCAGUCUCCCAGGCGGAGCCCAUCAAAAAGCUCCAGGCAUUUGCGGACAAGAACCAGCAGACACAAGGAAAAUUCACCAUCGGUGACGAGAAGCUCCACAAUGUGUUCAUGCGCGUCAAUGACCCCGAGAUCCAAAAGGUAACCGGCAAGACCGACCCUGUGGAGGUGAUGGCAGCAUUGAGAGAGAUGAAGAAUGCGAUGUAA